AUGAUGAAAAUGAGGUGUAUAUGGCUCACAGCCGCUCUGGUCCCCAGCAGUUUGGCUAUCACUCUACUCGAGCUGAUUGGGACCACUCCAGAACUGAGCACGCUGUACAGCUAUGUCAAUGGAUCUGCCAACGCGGCGAACUUCCUUGCCAGCAGCAACAACUUUACGUUCCUAGCUCCGAACAAUGAUGCCAUCUCGGCGUUGAUACAGAGUAAGGGGAAUGCUACGUUGACUGAGGACUUGCUGUUGGCAAGUGUGCAGUAUGGGAUGGUGAAGGGUGGGUUCCCGACGCUGUCGUUCUCGAAUAAUUCGCAAUUUGUAUCAACGAAUUUGGCGGGUCCGAAAUAUGCGAAUGUUACGGGUGGGCAGACUGUGGAACUGGUGACUGAUGAGAUUGGGAAUCCUCAAGUGGUGUCUGGAAACAAAGUAUCUGCAGGUGUCGCAGAUGAACUCAUAUGUACCGGAGGCAUCGUUCAUAUAAUCGACAAGUUCCUUUCCAUUCCGAUUCAGACUGUGUUACAAGUCUCCGCUGCGAAAAUGCAAUAUUUCGUCUCGAUUCUCAAUACUGCAGGGUAUCUGAAUACUGCCAAUUCAGCAUAUGUGGAUGGCAUCUUGAACGUUCCAGAUGUCACAUACUUCAUACCCAACUCAGCCAUUGCUCUGGAGAAAGCCACACGUCAGGCUGCGAAUUCGACAGCGGAGGAGACGAAAGCAGUUUUCCAGUACCAUGUUGUUCCCGGAUUCGUCGGCUACAGUAGUAUGCUCAAAGAUGGCAUGAGAUUGAAGACACAGGAAGGAUCAAGUUUGACGAUUACCAUGCAGGAUGGUGACAUGUAUGUCAAUUCUGCGAAGAUCAUAGCGUCGGAUUAUAUCGUUGCGAAUGGGGUUAUACAUGUGAUCGAUGAUCUCCUCGAUCGAUUCAACAACUCUCCUCGCAAAGUAACUCCAACUUCAACUUCUAGCUCCAACCUAACCUCAGCGACAAGCGAAAGCAGAGCUUCCGAACCAGCCUCAACACCUAGCACAUCCGAACCCUCUACCUCAGCCAACUCAGGCGGCCUAUCCACCGGGACCAAGAUCGCCAUCGGCGUCGGUUCAGGCGCCGGUGGACUCACCAUCCUAGCCGUCCUAGCCGUCAUAGCAGGCUGUCUAAUCCGCAGACGCAAGCAAAAGACCAGGCGAGCACUCAUGACACCACCGAACAGAGACAGCGCGCCAAGCCCGAUGGAGAGCUUCUACGUUCAGGGAGGAACGAUCCAUAAGAAAGACGAUGGGUAUGGCAUGGAGUAUAAGGUUGCUCCUACUGUGUCCAGGCAGUCGAGUAAUGCGGGUGGUGGUGGUGGAGGAGGAGGGAUUGGAGGACCUGAGAUUCCGCCGAGGAGUCCUGGGAGGACCACGCAUAGGGGUGGGAGAGGUGGGGAGGAUUCGUUCUUUUGA